ACUUGUCUUUUGGCUGCUCCAUUCCCGUUUGAAGGAGAGAGAGUAAAGAUACGACGAUGGUCCUCAUUGGAGCGGCAAUUAUAACAAAAACGGGAAAACCGCUUUUGGCAAGGAUUUUCAUCUCGGACAUGACAAAAGCUCGAUUAGAAGGAUUGUUGGAUGCUUUUCCUAAGCUAAUUGCUUCCGACAAAUCACAACGUCAGCAUACUUUCAUUGAAACAGACAGCGUUCGUUACGUUUUCCAUCCGCUGGACAGUGUACAUGUCGUCUUGAUCACCACCAAAGCAUCGAAUAUUCUGGAGGAUUUAGAAACUCUUCGACUGUUUUCAAGAGUGAUUCCCGAGUACUGCCGGUCGAACGACGAAAAAGAAAUGCAAGCAAAUUUAUUCGAUCUCAUAUUUGCUUUUGAUGAAAUUGUCGCCCUGGGAUACCGCGAAAAUGUCAAUUUGGCACAGAUACGUACAUUCACCGAAAUGGAUUCUCAUGAGGAACGAGUGUUCAAUCAGAUAAAGAUCGCUCAAGAGCGAGCUGCUAAUGAAUUGAUGACGCAGAAAGCCAUAGAACUAAAGAAAUUGAAGGCAGAACAGCGAAAAUGUGGAAGAGGUAUGGGAAGCACCGCGACAGCUAUUAGCUCGUCAUCAGUACCUUUAACGGCAGUUAUCGAUGAUACACCAGUGCGACUUGCUGUAAAAGCGAAAACACCAGCUACUACACGUGGAAGCGGCAAGGCGUUGAAGCUUGGCUCUAAAAAUGCUGAUGAUGACCAGUUUUUAAAACAGCUGAGGAGAGAAGGGCAAAUAGUCGAUACACCUUUACGUGUAUCAGACAUUGCUGAUGCUGGUGAUCGCACUGUAUCCGAAAUCGGUUCGUCUAUCACUUCACAUGCUCCUGUUCAUAUUAAAAUUGAAGAAAAACUAUCGGCAUCAGUAUCGCGAGAUGGUGGCCUUGAGAGCGGGGAGGUACUGGGUAAUGCUUCACUCUUAAUAAACGGUUCACAGUUUGCUACUGUCUGCGUUCAAAUCAGUAACAAUGACAAACACGGUGCGCAGCUGCAGGUACAUCCGAAUCUCGACAAAAAAGAAUGGCUGCAAAAAUCACUGUUGAAAUUGAAGUCAGUGCAGAAGCCGUUCCCAGUAAAUAUAGAUAUUGGUGUACUGAAGUGGCGAUUGCUUCUGAGCAGCGAAGAAUUGCUUCCUAUUUCAAUCAAUUGCUGGCCAAAUGAAAAUCCCGAUGGAUGUGUAGUAAACAUCGAAUAUACACUUCAGGCUGAAAAUAUGACACUGAACAGCGUUGUUAUCGUCAUUCCUUUACCACCGGCAGCUGUUCCGGUAAUAUCAGAAUGUGAAGGUACUUACGAGUAUGUAAGAUCAAGAUCUCAACUCAUAUGGAGUUUGCCUGUUGUUGAUGAGUCGAAUAAAACUGGUUCUUUGGAAUUUAGCACUCCGAAUGGACAAGCUAAUCACUUCUUUCCAGUAGCUGUUCGUUUCACAAGUACAGAUUUAUUCUGUGAUAUGGCCGUAAAGGCAGUACAGAAAAUGGAUAUAGGCGAGGCGAUACAGUAUACAGAGGAAAGACGUUUGAUCACCGAGAAGUUCGAAAUAGUCUGAAGUUUUAUUUCACUGGAGGUUUUUCAAUUACCGAUUUUGGGGAGAAAUUUUCACAUAUUUUGUUCAAAAUAAUAAUUAGUUUGUCUAGUGAAGGUAAUGGAUGUAAUUAAAUUGCUGUUUAACUUCCAGUUAUGUUUUUUGCUCGCUACAUUCAGUUUAUUCAUAAAUUGUUAUUCGUGAUACUACCGGAUGCUGUUUAUAUUUUCGUAUCUAGAGAACUUCAAUAUUUAUCAAAGUUGUCUUGAGUGAGCUUAGUUUUGUUAUCCUUUCCAAUAGACCACUCGUCAGUUCUAUGCAGAAUACACUUUUUGUUGCUAUUGUAUGUUAAGUAUUAAAUUCAUAAAAAUAAAAUGUUGGGUUGGU